AUGGCAUCCGGGGAUUUCUGCUCACCUGGAGAAGGAAUGGAAAUACUCCAACAAGUGUGCAGCAAACAGCUUCCUCCUUGUAACCUGAGUGAAAAGGACCUGUUACAAAACCCACACUUCAGCAAGCUGCUGCUGAGUCUCGCACAACACGUAGACGAGAGUGGCUUAAGCCUCACCCUGGCAAAGGAGCAGGCUCAGGCAUGGAAGGAAGUUCGACUGCAUAAAACAGCAUGGUUGAGGUCUGAGAUUUUACAGAGAGUCAUUCAAGAGCUGCUUGUGGACUACUAUGUGAAGACACAAGACACAAAUUUAACUUCUGAGGACAAAAAGUUUCACGAGACCCUUGAACAGCGGCUACUCGUGACUGAACUGACGGGGCUGUUAGGGCCCAGCCGGGAGAAGGAAAUGCCUCCGCUGCUAGGGGUGGAGAAAGCCGACCUUCUGGAGCUCAUGCCCCCCUCAGAGGAUUUUGUGUGGAUGAGAGCUCGGCUCCCGCUGGAAGUAGAGGAGCAGCUCAAGAAGAAAUGUUUCACCCUGCUGUGCUACCAUGACCCCAAUUCAGAUUCAGACAGUGAAACCUUGAAGGCGGCAAAGGUGUGGAAACUGGCAGAAAUCCUGGUGGGUGAGAAGCAGCAAUGCCAGGAUGCCAAGAGCCAGCAGCAGGAGCAGAUGGUGCUGCUGGAGAAGAAGAGUGCCACCUACUCCCAGGUGCUUCUCCGCUGCCUAGCCUUGCUGCAGAGGCUUCUUCAAGAGCACCGGCUUAAGACUCAGUCUGAGCUGGACCGCAUCAAUGCUCAGUACCUAGAGAUCAAGUGCAGUGCCAUGAUCCUUAAGCUGAGGAUGGAGGAGCUAAAGAUCUUGUCUGACACUUACACUACUGAGAAAGUGGAAGUUCAUCGUCUCAUUAGGUAA